AAAUGCAGGAAUGAAAACCACACAUCCAUUUUAAUAUUCUCAGAUGUGAUUAGAUGUACUUUGUCAUGUUUCUAUGCUACUGACUUGUUAAAAAAAACUUAAGAAAAGGUAACCAACAGCUAGGACCUGCAAACUCAGUGCUGCUGGAAGAACUGGAACAUUACAAGGAGAGAGUUUAUUACAGCGUAGUCACACCUCAGCUGAGCGUCAGCCUAGAUUCACUUACUUUCUUCAUCAGAAGCUGUUACCUGAACCUUUACUUCCUACAAUGGCAGACAAUCUUCCCACAGAGUUUGAUGUGGUUAUAAUAGGGACAGGUUUGCCUGAAUCUAUCCUUGCAGCUGCAUGUUCAAGAAGUGGACAGAGGGUUCUGCAUGUUGAUUCAAGAAGUUACUAUGGAGGGAAUUGGGCUAGUUUCAGCUUUUCAGGAUUGCUUUCCUGGUUGAAGGAAUAUCAGCAAAAUAGUGACACCAAAGAAGAAACUGCUGCUGCCUGGGAAGACUUGGUCCACGAAACAGAAGAAGCCAUUGCUCUCUGCAAGAAAGAUGAGACCAUUCAGCACACGGAAGUUUUCUGUUACACCAGCCAGAAUGCAGAGGACAGUGUCUAUGAGAUCGGUGCUUUGCAGAAAAAUGCUUCCUCAGUGGCAUCUAGUACCCUCACUAAACCUCUGCAUUCUGCAGAGUUGCCUGAAGAAAGGCACUCACACAUUACUAGCAAUGAAAUGCCUGCUAAGUAUACCCCAAAAAGUGAUAGCAAGAUUUCACUAGAAGAAACUGAUGUAGAGGAAUCACUAGAGAAAGAAAAGUACUGUGGAGAUAAAACUUGUGUACAUCCAGUUUCAGAUGGAGAUAAGGUUGAAAACAAGCCUACCGUAGAAGACAAUAUGAAUCAACCAAAGAGAAGUGUGAUUACUUACCCUCAAAUGGUUAAAGAAAGCAGAGGAUUUAAUAUUGAUUUGGUAUCAAAGCUGCUGUAUUCUCAAGGAUCACUGAUUGAUCUUUUAAUCAAAUCAAACGUUAGUCGUUAUGCUGAAUUUAAAAAUGUCACUAGGAUUCUUGCAUUUCGGGAAGGAAAGGUAGAACAGGUGCCUUGCUCCAGAGCAGAUGUCUUUAAUAGCAAAGAACUCACUAUGGUUGAGAAGAGGAUGCUAAUGAAAUUUCUUACAUUCUGUGUAGACUAUGAACAGCAUCCUGAUGAAUACCAAGAUUUCCAGCAAUGUUUGUUUUCUGAGUACUUAAAAACUAAAAAAUUAACCCCCAACCUCCAACAUUUUAUACUACAUUCAAUUGCAAUGACAUCAGAUUCGUCUUGCACGACAUUAGAUGGCCUUAAAGCAACAAAAAACUUCCUGCAGUGUCUUGGACGGUUUGGCAACACUCCCUUUUUAUUUCCUUUGUAUGGCCAAGGAGAAAUUCCUCAGUGUUUUUGCAGGAUGUGUGCUGUUUUUGGUGGAAUCUAUUGUCUUCGCCAUAAAAUCCAAUGCCUUGUAGUUGACAAAGAAUCUGGAAGAUGUAAAGCAGUUAUAGAUCACUUUGGUCAAAGAAUAAAUGCUAACUAUUUUAUUGUGGAAGAUAGCUACCUUUCUAAGGAAACGUGCUCAACUGUGCAAUAUAAACAAAUCUCAAGGGCUGUGCUUAUUACAGAUCAGUCUAUACUAAAGGCAGAUUCUGAUCAGCAGAUUUCCAUUUUGAUCGUGCCUCCGGUGGAACCAGGUGCUUGUUCUGUUCGGGUCACAGAAUUAUGUUCAUCAACCAUGACAUGCAUGAAAGGCACCUAUCUAGUGCAUCUGUCCUGUGAAUCUUCAAAAACAGCAAGAGAAGACUUAGAGUCAGUGGUGAAGAAAUUAUUCACCCCUCUUGCUGAGACAGAAGUAGAUAAGGAGGAACUUAGAAAGCCAAGACUCUUGUGGGCUCUUUAUUUUAAUAUGAGAGAUUCCUCAGGAGUCAGCAGAAGCUCAUAUUGUGGAUUACCUUGCAAUGUUUAUGUCUGCUCUGGGCCUGACUCUGGCCUGGGAAGUGAGCACGCUGUCAAGCUAGCAGAAACAGUGUUCCGGGAGAUCUUUCCAAGUGAAGAAUUCUGCCCUCCUCCUCCAAAUCCAGAAGACAUUAUCUUUGAUGGUGAUGAUAAGCAACCAGAUGCACCUGGAACCAGUACUGUAACAAUGGCCAAGGUAGAAUCUCCCGAGGAAAGCAAAAACAUAGAAAGCCCCCUUCAAAACUAGAAAACAGCGAACUGGAAAUGCACUUCAUCUUGGCGUCAGAAUAUUCUCACUUGAAAGACAAUUUUCCAUAUGACUAAUUAGGACUGGUUAUAUGAUGAGUGCUAUGCAGAUGUUGUCUUUAAGUCUUUUUGAGACAUUGGCUAUUGAAAGUCUUUGUUAAUCAGUAACUGAUUUAUUUGGUUAUUGGACUUUGUGUUUCAGAAUCAGCUCCAUGAUCCAGAAACUUAAAAAACAGGGUUAGCUUUAUCUUAAUACUGGAUAUCUACUUAAGAGUUCCAUCUUAGCAAUGUUGCUUAAAGGAAGGUAAAACUGUUACCAGCUACUGAUCUUCAAAUUUUAUCAUUGUCUACAGAGUAAUUAAUAAUAUAAGAAAUGCUUAGUUACUGUUGCAGCUGUUACACUUGCUACCACCUCUUCAUAGAAAAAUACAAAUGAUACAUUAUGUGAGUCUUUUGUAUGUAAUAUAAAUAGUGUAGGCUUGGUAGUGAGAACAGCAACUAAUAAAAGUGCCAGUAGGAUAAAAAUACACUUGUCUGUAAUUGUUAAAGAUUAGUUUUGCAUGGUCUUUAUUCUUUGUGAAGGCCUCCUGUUUAUAUUUUGCUGUUUAAUUUGCCUACUUAGCCCUUGUAUCCAAGAGAAACAAUGAUACCACCAUAACCUUCUGCUUUACAAAAAGAAACUGAGAUUAGUUGAUAGUUGAAGAGUGCAUGUGGAGGAGAUGUAUUCUAAAGAAAAUCUAGUGGAGAAGAUUGUUGAAAAAAACUGUAGAACUGAAUGAAUGAAAAGAACUUCCAACAAGUAAGUCCAGCUAAAAGAAAAAAAAUAGAUCACCCUAGGAAAAAAUAUUUCAGGUGGUUGUUCUAAAAUUCCUAAAGAGAAAUAGAAUGGAGCAUUUUUAACUUGGGGUUACAGAUGGUUUUUAAACCCUUUGUAAGUAGAUUUUCUCAGCCAAGUUUCUUCAGAAUGGAAUGUACCAUCUGUUGGCUAUACCACUUUAAAUAGCAACUCUAACUUACAGAAUGAAUCAAAGUAGGAUUUAUUGUGCCCCUAAGGUUGUGUCUCAACAGACAAAUAGGUAACAACAUUCAUUCAUAAUUACUUACACCUCUUGACAGUUAUCUAUAGAGAAUAGAAAUAUUUUUUCCCUCUACAACCACGAGGAAUCAUAAACCUGCUUGUACUCCAGUGUUGACAAGUUGCAGGACUGUCAGAAGAGGUGAACUUCUUUCUCAUUCAGUCCCAUUUCCAUAUAUCGGGAAGAAAAUAAUGAUCCUGUAGGAAGAGGUCCUUUCAUAGUUUUUGCUCUGAAAUGAAGCAUUUACUGUGCACUAGGUACUUAAUCUUGUGUUUUCCAUAACGUUCUCAACAGCAUUGUGAGGCAGAUACAGCAUGCUUUCAAACUAAUUUGGUCUGGAAAAGCCAACAUUGCAACCUAAUGUAGUCUUUCAUGAUCCCUAAUUCUGUCUUUUCACUAAUGUUCACUGGUAGAAAAGUAGUUACUGUAAGAGAAGUAAAAGUGCCUGGGAAAAUCAGAAUCUCGUUGUUGGGGAAAAAGAGUACACAGAUGCGGAUUCUACAGCAUAUUACAGAAUCAAAGAAAAAAACAUAUAUUUAGAGGUGUGAAUCUUAAGCAGAAUUUGGCUGAGUUUUAACAAAAUAAUGCUCUUUGGUAUUAUGUCACAACUGGAGAUUGUUACCAAAAAUGUAAAUAUGCAAAGAUAACGUUCUUUUCUUGCUGUGCUGUAUAUGAGGAAAAUGAGACAAGACUGAUUCAAGUAAUAGCUUAUUGAAAGUAGAAAGUCAUGGUUUGGUAUUAAUAUUGAUGUUUUAAAUGUAGUAAAGUGGUAUUGUUUGGUCAAUCUUAAACUUACCAAAACAUCUAAAAUGUCUGAUAACCUACAAAAUUAGUAAUUAAAUUUUUGAAAGUCUCAGGGUAAAAAUAGAGGCAAAAGAAAUUCAGGCCUACUGAGAAGUUUCUUAGAAACACAGAUUACUCAUAAGAAAUUGAGAAAGGGAACAGUGAGAAGUUGUAAAAGAUGGUGUAAUGGAAAUAUUAAGUGUUAGGUUAGGCCAAAAUAAAGAUUGUUUUAAAAACGAAGAAAAUGAAUAUAUUAUUUCCUUAAACCAGUGCAAGAUAACAAGUUGGAAAUGAGACAAGUUGUAACCAGUAAACAUUUAAGAAUUUAUGGGAUAUUAUAAUACAGAGCAGUUUUCUGACAAGUUGGAAUUUAACUCCAAUGGGCUUAUUGGUUAGCUUUUUGAAAUGUUUAAGAAUAAAUAUCUAGAUAUCAUGAAAGAUGAUAUGCUAAUUAUAUUUGGGGGCAAAUAUAACUUCAGUACAAAAACCCAAACAUAAAAUAGUUUUUAUUCUCAACAAAAUACAAAGUGAAAUUUUGGCAAACAAUACAGCAACAAAUAAGUUACUUCCUAUGGCUCAGAAUUUUAAGUGUUCAGUUGAAUAAUCAUUACAUCAACAUCAAUAGAACAAAAUGGUAAAAAUUCAAAGUAUUAACUACAUUAACUUUUUAAAAAUUUACCAUUCCUCUUGUUUAAUUGGUGCGAAUGAUUUCAUAGGCUUCCCAUAAUGUGACAGGUAAUUAUUUAAAAUUAAGAACUGAGAGUCAUAUUGGGAAAUAUUUAUGGUAGAAGAAACAUUGGAGUAAAAAAAUUUUACAAAAUGAGACAAGGAAAGAAAGCAGCAUAAAUAUUUCUUAUUUACAUGGCUAGCCAAACAUAUGUAACUAUAUUAACAGUAAAAGACUUAAAUCAGGAAUUUGCAGGAUAUAUAAGAUAAAAGUCCUGUUUCUAGAGCCCAGUGGUAAGUGCAGUUUAAAAAAUAUUUGAGUAUUCAUAAGCCAUUAAAGGAAAGUUACACGACUAUAUUGGGAUAAUUUAAGAAAGAUACUUAAAUAGAAGCAGGCUGAAAGAGCUAAACUCAAAAUAUGAGAAUACUCCCAUGAGAGACAUCCUAGUACAAUGGAAAAAUAGUAAAUGGAGAGUCCUUGCAUCACUUCUUAGCUGUUUCUUAAUCUUGGGAAGAUUACCUUAGUUCACAUUUCUCCAUCUGUAACAUAGAAAUUAUAUUUAACAGAAUUAUUGUGGGGAUUAGUUAAUAUGUACAAAACUACAUCCAGGUGAAUGCUAAUACGUGACAUAGUUUUAUUAUAAUAUUUAACAUUCCAACAGAAUGUUUUAUACAGUUUUAUACAAUGUUGGAGAUGUAAGUUUUUUUUUAAAUUUAGGGUUUUUUUCCCGGUACCGGGGAUUAAACUCACAACCUUAUGUUUGCUGGGCAGGUGCUGUGCCACUGAGCUAAAUCCCCAGCCCCCUAAAUUUAGGUUUAAAGAUGGGAGUUUUACCUUUUAAAUCUUUAUUCUCUGAAGCAAUCUUUAUGUUCUGUGGUGCUGAAUAGAAUGUUUAAGAUUGUAAAGCAUUUGGAAAGAAGUGUUUAAUAAAAGUUAAUAGAAGGACCAGCUGGAUCAACCUGAAGAUACUAGGUUCACUUUUCAUAUGAUAAUGCAUUUUAUUUCAGAUGAGUGAAAAUGUUACGUAUAAAAGAAAAAUAAAAAGAAUAUUUUCAUCCCAAUAAUAGUGCAGAGAUUUCAUGGCAAUGAAAAGCAUUGACAAGGUAGAUCAGUUUAAAAGAAUAAAAAAUGUAUACUAAAGGAAAAGUAAAUGAGCUAUUUGGAUUCACAAGUGUUUAAUUUUUUUAAAGUGGAUGGAAAUCUUUAAGGCUUUGUACUCCUUAGUGGACAGAUUUAUAAAGAAUAUAAAUGACAUGAUGCAAGCAGAAGUUCAUAGGAUGAUAUUCAGGUGAAAAUACUAAAAAUAAAAAUAGAAACAACUUUGACCUAGUUUAUGCUAUUAAGCAAAAAUUUUUAAGUGUGCAUGUAUCUUCAUACCAAAAGUAUUAUAUAUUAGUAGUCAUUAAAACAAAACAAAAAAACUAGGAGACUAACAAGCUCUAUGCCUGAUCUUUUGACUUACUAAGUUGCUUUGAGUAGCAUAUACCCAGUAAAAUAUUUAAAGAAGCUACUUGCACAAGUUUUUUUAAAUGCCCAUCGUUUGAGACAUGGAUAAUUCUUAGUGUGAUGCUGUUGCUAUCGUAAACUGUUAUAUAGCCUUUAAAUGUUGUUAUAUGUAGAAUUAUAUGCAAAACUAUUUAGAAUCAAAAUGUUAAUUAGAAUAUAAAUUAUGUUUACUGGUUAUAAUUGUAAAAAUUUAGGUUUUAACAUUAAAAUAUCAGAAGAUGUAAUUAAUUACAGUUUAACAUUAAGGGGUUCUUUUUUUCUGUAAAAUACUGAUGUGUGUAAUAAAAAAAUAAAAGAUUAAUUGGCAAAAUGG